AUGACGGCGUUCCUGGACAGCCUCAAGUACGACGCAAACGGUCUUGUUGCGGCGAUAGUUCAGGACGUGGACACCGGGGACCUCCUGAUGCAGGGCUUCGCGAACCGCGACGCGAUCUGCGAGACCAUGCAGACGAAGCUGGCCACGUUUUGGAGCCGGUCGCGCCAGGAGCGCUGGUGCAAGGGCGAGACCUCGAACAACUACCUCGUCGUGCACGGCGUGCACUACGACUGCGACCGCGACUCCCUCGUCUACCUCUCCGAGCCCAUGGGCCCCGCCUGCCACACCAACGCACGCACGUGCUGGUUCUCCGAAGCAGGCGUCGACGCGGCGGCCUCGCGCGUCGUCGACGUCGGCGCGCACGACUCCGACGCGCACGUCCCGCGGUCCACGCUGUACGCCCUCGAGCACACCAUCAAGCAGCGGCGCGCUGCGAUGGCGCAUGCGGCGCCGGGGGAGAAGCCGUCGUGGACCGCGCGGCUGCUCGCGGACCCCGAGCUGCUGUGCAAGAAGGUGCGCGAGGAGGCCGGGGAGCUGUGCGAGACGCUCGAGAAGGACGAGGGCCGGGAGCGGGCGGCGAGCGAGGCCGCGGACCUCCUGUACCACGCCAUGGUGUUGCUCGAGCUGCAGGGCGUGGGGAUGGCGGACGUGAUGGCGGUGCUGCGGUCGAGGUUUGGCGUGUCGGGGAUCGAGGAGAAGGCGAGCCGGUCGAAGUGA